AUUUACUUCCCACAUGGAAAAACGACUUCUCUGAUAAGAAAAUUGAAAAAAGAAGAAGACUACCUCGUCAAUUUCUGUGGGAUAAUUUGACAUUCGAAUUUAUCACACUUUAAAAUUCCUGAUUAAAAGGUCUCAUUAGAAUUAAAUAUAAACAUGAGUGACUUUGAUAGCCUAAAUAAAAACGAAGGCGAUGCCGAAUUGCAAGAGUUUCUGAUGGUGGAGAAGCAAAAGGCCCAAGUGAAUGCCCAGAUUCACGAGUUCAAUGAGAUUUGCUGGGACAAGUGUGUAGACAAGCCAUCGAACAAAUUAGACAGUAGAACGGAAACAUGUCUGGCGAAUUGCGUGGACAGAUUCAUUGAUACCUCCCUGCUCAUAACUAAUAGAUUUGCACAACUUUUAUCACAGAAAAGCGGCGGUGGACUGCAGUGAUAGUGAAUGGCGAGGCAGUUUUCUAGUCCUAAAGCAAAUAUUAGUGGAAAGAAGUUAUAAAAUACUGUUGACUUUAUGUACAAAUCGGAAUUCUAGUUGUCCUCAUGUAGAAGAGAUCUGUGUACAUACGAAACAAUUGGCGGACUUGACUGGAUCAAGUUGGUUUGCUUUGAUCCCAGUUCUUCUGACGCAAUGUAAAUUUCGAAAUAGAUACGUUGAAUUAUCCCACUGA